AUGUGCAGGCCACGCAGUCACUUACUCAGUCACUCGACUCAUCUAUUUUGCUUCAUCGCUAUCAAAAUGCCUACCAUACUGGACAAUACGCUCAAGUCAAAGAACAUGGUUCUUGCGUUUGGAGGCGUAGUAGCUGCUGCUACGGUAUGGAUGCUCUCUGGCGACAUGUUUCCUGCCGAAGAAGACCCCAAAGGAGAACCGGAUACAUGGACAAGAGAAGAGAUGCGAAGAUGGCUCGAGGCUCGCAACCUCUUUCCACAGUCAACUGAUACGCGGGAGCAAUUGCUGGCCCGAAUCAAGGCAAACCUAAGAGUCCCUCGCAAGUAA